AUGUUCGCUUCAGCCUUUCUUUGCUUUUAUGUUUUCUUCGAUCAAUGUCCCUACUAUAUGCAAGUGUUUCUCAUCUUUUUGGUUUUCUACUUUGUCACCGGACUGCCAAUAAUGUCUGAAGAGAUACAGAGUUUCGAGCAUCGGGUAUGGACCACUUUGAAGAUCGUGACAACUCAAGCGGCACUGGAGAUAUCCGGAUUGUUCGACUUUGUGAUGCUGUUUUGGGCGGUGAACGGAUGGUAUUUGUGGGUUUUCGGGGAGUACUAUGUGUAUUUGCGGGAUCGUCAAUUGGAAAUCGAGCAUUAUGGUGCGGCUCGUCAUCAACCGUCAGCCGGA